GGCUCUGUCCUUAAGUAGCGACGCGAUUAUCGAGCGAUACGACUCGGCGGCUAAAUAUUCGAGGGCUGUAUGUAGUGAGGGAAGAAGAGUGGGGCACGACGCUGAGUGGUACGGCCCUGACGCCGGGUCCCGUAGCGGUGGGCAUGCCUGCGGAAGAUGGAAGGCGCACGAACCGAAUGGUGUAGUUGCCUUUAACCGGCCUUAAUGUGAAGAUCGGAUCGCCGCCGAUCAGCGUACGCGUGCACAAGAAAGAGAGUUAGAGCCACCGGCUUAUCGUACGGAUCGCGCCGAGAAUGAAAUUCUCUCUUUGCCUGGUAGAAUAUAGCAGCAGAAGUAGUAGUAGCAGUAUCUCGUCGUACGACAGUCUCGACAAUAAAAGAAAACGGCUGGAACGUUUAUGGCCAAACGGCAGUAGUACCGGCGGCUGUUUCGCCUGAACGGAUUUACUCUUCGUGCACGCAUUUUCCACGCGUUUACCUGGACGGUGAAACGGAAAGAAGCUGCGCCGUUUUUCUUUAUUUUUUUUCUUUCAUUUCGGUUUUUGCUCAGUGCCGCGUAACAUCUCGUCUUCGCGUGGCUUGUCCUCUUAUUCGAGACCAGCCAAUCUCGGAAUCUAUAGACACGCCUUGCAGAAGAAAAAGAGGCGGGACGCGCCUUAAUUCGUUCUAUUGGUUUCGUUUCUAGCGCGAGAUUCGAACUCGCGCCAAAGUGUGUUCCACAGUGGAUACUAUCUCUCUUUUGGGUUACAACGCUAAGUGGCCGACAGGCGAAAUGCCGGUGCCAGUUUGGGAUUGCUCUGAUCUAGGCCUGUUGGACGAGUCUAGCCCUUUGGAUACCACGACAGUGGUAUCCGACGACAUAUGGAAGAAAUUCGAUUUUGACUUCUCGCUGGACCGAUUGGACGCCGUCCAUACAGAUGUAUAUCACGAGCGCACAUUCGACGAUGGCGUUCUACCAGAUUUGCUCUACGGCAAAAUGAGCUGCCUUGCGUCACGAAAGAUACGUCAUCAUGAUUGCAUGUGGGCUGGGCUGUGCAUCAGUAAAGAGCAUAACAGGACGUUGCCCGCGAAGAAAAACUCACAGAUGCAGAAAAAGGUGCCGGCCGGUCGUAGUGUAUUGAUAUCGCGGGCAGGCAUAACUCAUAUAGGAAAUUCUUUGGUCAAUCAGCAACAGUGCCGUACAAGAAAUCUGGAGAGUGACGGAGAUUCAACUAGACCGGAAACACCAAGCUCGAGCUCCGACACGGAGACAGAAGACGAAGGCCCGUUCUUCAGACACGAUCAGAUCAAUAUACACGAGAAAUUGUCCGAGUGCAUGUCAGACGCGGUUACAAAAGCUGUUCCAGUGAGCGAGGUCACUGGCCAACUGGUCAGGUUCCAUGACAGGAGGAAAGAGGAGGAGGAAAAUCAGUGUCAAGUGCAUAGAGAGACCAAUAUCAGGAACACUCUAAGCGACCAUUGCUAUCAUCUGAAUCAGCCUAUCGGGAAGAACCUGGAACAUCUUGGUGUACAGACACCUUCUGAUUCUGCUAAUUUUGGACGUGUUUCGCUCGCCAAGUGGGAUAGGUUGGGAGCGGAUAGAAGAGAUGUUUCGUAUGACGUUCGUGCCAGCUAUGUGUGUAUGCGAGAAGAGGAAGAGAUCGACGUGGUGACCUUCGAGAAACCAUGCAGACCGGCAGCAUUACCAACGUACCCGAGCCUGGCCGACCAACAGCACUUCCAAUUAACGGUGAACACAGCGUUCAAAGAGAAAGCUCCUGGAACCAGACCACGUGGUCGACCUCCCUCGAAUCCAGCUCGGAAAAGGACCGCUCAAUCGGAGCCGAAGCCGGCGAAACGAGCCCGCCACAGGACAUACCAGAGGAGAACCAAGGUAGGGCGAUGCAUAUCGUCACCCAAGAGCGUGUCGAGAAGUUCCUCUGACGACGAGCUGGACACCGAGAAGAGGAGUCUGCACAAUAACAUGGAACGCCAGAGGCGGAUAGAGCUGCGAAACGCGUUCGAGGAUCUGCGUAUCCUCGUGCCAGCUGUCGAGAAGAAGGAGAAGGCGCCGAAAGUCGCGAUCUUGAGACAAGCGGCUGUGUACUGUGAUACGUUGAACGAGAUGAACCAGAUCUCGAUGGCCCAGGUGGCGGAUCUGAGGCGGCGACAAGAGAGGCUUCGAACGAGGCUCAGUGUUCUAAGGAGGAGUCUCGCCAUGACGCGCUGAGGGAGAGACUCGGGAGAAUCGUGUCAGAUUCAGCCCACGAACACGCGAAGAACACAAGCACUUGCUCGAAACGUACGAGUCGAAUUUGUUGUUACUCCCUCGGAGAGAAGAGAAGAGAUGGAUGGAUGGACGGACGAGCGACAAAUCUCUACUCGACGUUUCGAGACCAUAGAGACGAUUUUUUUCAAACACGCCUGCAUGCGAACGAGGAAGACUGCCUGACCUGUAUAAUUUGACUCUGACACUUAUAUCUGCCUUCGGUCGCACAGCAUGGGGGAAAGAAACGCUUCG